AUGCAGCGGUCGGGCCGCGGCCGCGGGCCGCGAUUACGGCCGCCUGGCUCCGCCCGCGUCCAGCCUGCCGCCGCGCCCGCGCCCGCGCCCGCGCCCCGGCGGCUGGCGACACCGCACAAUGCUGCAUGCACUAGUACCCAAAGAAACGGAGUAGGCAUCAUCCUGAAUCCGCACCUAAAGCAACGAAUCAUCAAAAUAGAGAGGAAGAGCGACAGGCUUAUUGUCAUCAAACUGGCAAUGGACAAUCAACAGCCGCUGAAUAUUGUAUCUGCGUACGCACCACAAAUAGGGUGUCCAAAUCAAGAGAAGCUACAUUUCUGGGAGGACUUUGAUGAGAUCAUGCAAAACAUACCAUCCAACGAGUACAUUCAUAUAGCAGGAGACCUAAACGGUCACGUCGGAGAAACCUCGCAACUUUACGACGCCGCCCACGGAGGAUAUGGAUAUGGGUCUGCAAACCAGCAAGGCAUUACUAUAAUGAACUUCGCAAUUAAACAUAGUUUAAAAAUUGUCAACACCUGCUUUAAAAAGAAAGUAGAACACCUAAUUACUUAUAAAUGCGCACAAUACAGCACACAGAUCGAUUACAUACUGACAAACAACAGCAUCAUCAAACAAUACAAAGACUGUAAAGUUAUUCCGGGAAAUGCGCUCACGACACAACAUAGAUUACUUGUAGCGACUAUGAAACUACCUAAACCUCUUAAAGGGUACGCCAAGAGCUGGUUAUUAACCACUUACUUCAUUGCCUUGGAGAGAAGAGAGGUUCUCUCAUCUGGGCCUCAAUGGGCCGACAGUAGAGAAGCAUUUAAGAACUGGCAACAAACAGGCCUAGAGGAAGACCAUGCCGAUUACAAAAGUCUCAAAAAGAUCGUAAAAGCAGCAGUAGCACAGACUAGGGCGGCUUCAAACGAAAACUUCUAUCAAAGACUCGAGAAAGCUGAAAAUGAGAGGGAUAUUUAUAAAAUAGCCAAACAGAGACACCGAGCAACUCUUGAUACGAAAAACAAUAAAUAUAUAAAAGAUCAUCGCGGCCAGCUUCUUACAUCCCAUAAAGAUAUAAACAAGAGAUGGAAGCAAUACUAUGAGCACCUGAUGAACGAGGAUAUCCCAAGCGAAGAUUUACCACAAAUGCCUCCCAUCGCCGGACCUAUAAACUGUAUAUUUCCCGAAGAAACCAAAAAAGCAGUUUUUAACAUGAAAUAUCACAAGGCCACAGGACCAGACCAGAUACCAGCAGAUAUUUGGAAAAUGAUGGAUAAUGCUGCACUACCUUGGUUAACGUUGCUGUUCAACAGAAUCCUAGCUGAGGGCGAAAUCCCAGACUCGUGGCGAAACAGCAUACUGUGCCCUAUAUAUAAAAAUAAAGGUGAUAUAUCUGUAAACUGA